AUGUCUCACAAAGCAUUCAAAUUGACGGCCGACCUGGGAGACGACAUGGUAUGGGUAUGCAAGGCUCGAUGCCAUAGCCGGAGGGAGAAGAAUAGGCUUACGCAGAAAUACAAUUUGGAGUAUGCCAGUACCCAGCAACAGCAGACGCAGAAAGAGCCAAAAUAUCAGAAUCCGUCCCUCUCUCAGGGCCAGCGGAAGCAGCUCAAGAAUCUCAAGAGUCAGACUCAGGGCACGCGUCAGCAACUGAAUUCUCCACAGUCGUCCCAGAAAAACCAAGCUGAGCAAGAGAACCGACAAAAGAUCUGGAAUAGAUGCUUGUAUGAGCUGCAACAGAUUCACCCAUACCAACGCGAGAUCCAUCACGAAGAUUUGCAGAAGCAGUACCAGCACUUACAGCAGCAUGUCCAACCCGAGCCUUUCCAUUGGCAAUUCACAGACGAGAUGCAGAAAUUUCAGGAAAAGCUUCUCCAGGGAUGGAACCAGCAGCUCAGGGAUCGGAGUCAGAAGCAGCUCCAGACAGAACCAUCUCACAAUGAAGAUGAAUGUCCAAUCCCGCUUGAGUAUCGACAGCUACAGGACCCGCCCGCACAAAAGCCUCUGAACAGCCAACAUCAGCAACAGGUGCCUCCAAAUUUGAUCCAGAACCGGCAGGCACAGAAUCAGCACAGACAGCAGCAGGCUCAUUAUUGUCACCAGCUCCCGCAUGUUGAACCUCUACCCGUGCUUUAUCACUCACAGCCCCAAUACCAGGUUUGCCAUCACCCACGUAAUAUAACAUACCAACUGGAUACUCAAGACAUCCUCCGGACGCAACAGGCCAAAUAUCAACAUUUGGAUCAGCAGAUUCAGCAGUUACGCUGGAAGCAGAAGCAAUUCCAGGAAGCACAAAACCAAAAGCGGGCUCAGUCCAGGCUGCAACAAAGAUCUCAACGUCCAACUGAGUGGCAGCAGGCCCAGUUCGCCCAUCAUGGGCAGCAACUUCAGCUGCGGGAAGGGGAAAAGGAGACCUGGACAUUUGACGAAACAAUGAUACCUGAUCAUCCACCAUUUCCUUUCGUGAUGGACGGGGAUAGUGAUAGUGAGGAUGAAAGAGACCCAGAGACUGAGAAUAAUGGCGAAAAUGGGGAGGAAGAAGAGGAUGAUCUGGAGAGUGAGAGCGGCUUUGUUAUGAUUUGAAUGCCAG